AUGAUCUUUAGUGCCCUGCGCUACCGCAAGCCAACUCCAUCAUCUUGCCUUGUCACCAUUGCCUACGAUGUCGACCGUCUAGGACCUACAGCAAUCACUCUCAACGACCGACAUAACCCUCUUGGACCGACCUUCGACUUCGCGCACUGGGUGUCGAGUCCAAGCCCGUCACCGCGGCUAAGCGCUAUUCUACACUCCGACGCUCUAUGCAUCAGCCAAUGGUCCAGCUUGGAGAAUCACCCCCAUGGACUUCGCAACAGCCAUGUCACAAGACAACGCCAUCGACCUGCCCCUUGCUUCCUUCAUUCAGUUGACAGAUAG